AUGACUACUCCACGACAAAAGGCUUAUAUCAAUGUUGAUUUGGGAGAAGGCUAUGGCAACUAUGUAUGUGGCCCAGAUGAGGAGUUGCUCCCACAUAUCGACUUCGCAAAUGUUGCUUGUGGAUUUCAUGCUGGCGAUCCCUUGAUUCUGUCCAAAACAGUAGAGUUGUGCAACAAGGCAAAUGUCAAAGUCGGCGCCCAUCCUGGCCUUCCAGACAUCCAAGGCUUUGGAAGAAGAGAAAUAACCAUGACACCCGAAGAGCACACAGCAAACAUCAUCUACCAAGUCGGCGCUCUACAGGGCUUCCUCAACCUGCACGGAAUGAAGCUGAAUCACGUCAAGCCCCACGGCAUACUCUACGGAAUGAUGAUUCGCAACAUGGACGUUGCCCGCGCCGUUUGGGCUGGCGUACCCGCUGGCGUUGCUGUCUUUGGUCUCGCUGGCACAAACAUGGAGACUGCGGCGCGAGAAGCUGGUCUGGAGUUCUGGGCCGAGUAUUUUGCUGAUGUAAAGUACACCAAGGAAGGAAUGCUCUUCAUAGAUAGAAAGAAGACACCUUGGGAUCCCCAGGUUGUGAGAGAGCGUGUUCGGUCACAAUUCUUUGAGAGCAAGGUUGUUGCUGAGACCGGGGAGUUGAUUGACCUGCCUAUCAAGGGGAAUCCUACGACUAUAUGUUGUCACUCGGAUUCGCCAGGUUGUGUGGAAAUAGUCAAGAUUACCCGGGAGGUGGCAGAUGAAUACAACAGCAAGUAUGGGUUUGCUUGA